GGUUCACCUGGAAACGCCGGUCAGCCUGGCUCCCCAGGACAACAAGGUCCUCAAGGUUCAAAAGGUGCUUUGGGUGAUACUGGUACACCUGGCGCUGCCGGAAGUCCAGGAUCAGUUGGUUUACCUGGAUUACAAGGAGAAAAGGGAUUUCAAGGUCUUCAGGGACAACCAGGGCCCAAUGGUCAAGCCGGAAUUGCUGGGCCACCUGGUACUCCAGGUCAACAAGGUCCUGCCGGAGCAGCUGGUCAACCAGGAAGUCCUGGAUUGAAUGGUGCUCCUGGUGAUACUGGAGCACCUGGAAUCUCUGGUUAG